AUGGCCUAUCAAUGCGUGAAUUGUGGAAAGAGCUUCACCCAGAAGCAAAGUCUCACUUCCCACCAAAGAAUUCACAGUGGUGAGAAACCCGAUCAGUGCUUGGAAUGCGGAAAGAGUUUCUGCCAGAGAGUCAAUCUCACUCACCACCAAAGAAUUCACACAGGUGAAAAACCCUAUCAGUGCUUGGAAUGUGGGAAAAGCUUCAGUCUGAAGCAAAGUCUCACUUCCCACCAAAGCAUUCAUACCGGGGAUAAACCCUAUCGAUGCUUGGAUUGUGGAAAGAGUUUUUGCCAGAGAGCUGAUCUCACUUCCCACCAAAGAAUUCACACAGGAGAGAAACCCUAUAAGUGCUUGGAAUGUGGAAAAAAUUUCCGCCAGAAAGUCAACCUCACUUCCCACCAAAGAAUUCACACAGGAGAGAAACCCUAUCAGUGCUUGGAAUGUGGGAAGAGUUUCCGCCAGAAAGUCAACCUCACUUCCCACCAAAGAAUUCACACAGGGGAGAAACCCUAUAAGUGCUUGGAAUGUGGAAAGAGCUUCAGUCAUAAGCAAAGUCUCCCUACCCAUCAAAGAAUUCACAGUGGUGAGAAACCUUAUCAGUGCUUAGAAUGUGGGAAGGGCUUUGGUAAGAGGACCAAGCUCAUGGCCCAUCGACGAACUCACAGUGGUGAGAAACCCUAUCAAUGCUUGGAUUGUGGAAAGAGCUUCAGCCAAAGGGCCAAUCUAACUUGCCAUGAAAGAAUGCACACAGGGGAGAAACCGUAUCACUGCUUGGAAUGUGGGAAGAGCUUCAACCAGAAGCAAAGUCUCACUUCUCACCAAAGAAUUCACACAGGGGAGAAACCUUAUCAGUGCUUGGAAUGUGGAAAGAGCUUCGGUAAGAGGACCAAGCUCAUGGCUCACCAAAGAAUUCACAGUGGUGAGAAACCCUAUCAAUGUGUGAAAUGUGGAAAGAGUUUCUGCCAGAAAGCCCAUCUCACUUCCCACCAAAGAAUUCACACAGGGGAGAAACCAUAUCAGUGCUUGGAAUGUGGAAAGAGCUUCAGUAAGAGGACCAACCUCAUGGCCCAUCAAAGAAUCCACACUGGGGAGAAACCCUAUCAGUGCUUGGAAUGUGGGAAGAGCUUCACCCGGAAGGACAACCUCACUUCCCACCAAAGAAUUCACAGUGGUGAGAAACCAUAUCAGUGCUUGGAAUGUGGAAAGAGCUUCAGUAAGAGGACUAACCUCAUGGCCCAUCAAAGAGUUCAUACAGGGGAGAAUCCCUAUCAGUGCUCGGAAUGUGGGCGGAGCUUCAAUCACAGGACGACUCUCACGGUCCAUCAAAGGAUUCACAGUGGUGAGAAACCCUAUCAGUGCUCAGAAUGUGGAAAGAGUUUCACUGUGAGCUCCCAUCUCACUUACCACCAAAGAAUUCAUACCGGGGAGAAACCAUGUCAAUGUGUGAAUUGUGGAAAGGGCUUCACCCAAAAGGUAAGUCUCACUUCCCAUCAAAGAAUUCACAGUGGUGAAAAACCUUAUCAAUGCAUGGAAUGUGGGAAGAGCUUCAGUCUGAAGCAAAGUCUCACUUCCCACCAAAGCAUUCAUACCGGGGAGAAACCCUAUCGAUGCUUGGAUUGUGGAAAGAGUUUCUGCCAGAGAGCCGAUCUCACUUCCCACCAAAGAAUUCACACAGGAGAGAAACCAUAUCAGUGCUUGGAAUGUGGGAAGAGUUUCCGCCAGAAAGUCAACCUCAUUUCCCACCAAAGAAUUCACACAGGGGAGAAACCCUAUAAGUGCUUGGAAUGUGGAAAGAGCUUCAGUCAUAAGCAAAGUCUCCCUUCCCAUCAAAGAAUUCACAGUGGUGAGAAACCUUAUCAGUGCUUGGAAUGUGGAAAGGGCUUCGGUAAGAGGACCAAGCUCAUGGCCCAUCAACGAACUCACAGUGGUGAGAAACCCUAUCAAUACUUGGAUUGUGGAAAGAGUUUCAGCCAAAGGGCCAAUCUAACUUGCCAUGAAAGAAUUCACACAGGGGAGAAACCAUAUCACUGCUUGGAAUGUGGGAAGAGCUUCAACCAGAAGCAAAGUCUCACUUCCCACCAAAGAAUUCACACAGGGGAGAAAUCUUAUCAGUGCUUGGAAUGUGGACAGAGCUUUGGUAAGAGGACCAAGCUCAUGGCUCACCAAAGAAUUCACAGUGGUGAGAAACCCUAUCAAUGUGUGAAAUGUGGAAAGAGUUUCUGCCAGAAAGCCCAUCUCACUUCCCACCAAAGAAUUCACACAGGGGAGAAACCAUAUCAGUGCUUGGAAUGUGGGAAGAGCUUCAGUAAGAGGACCAACCUCACUUCCCACCAAAGAAUUCACAGUGGUGAGAAACCAUAUCAGUGCUUGGAAUGUGGAAAGAGCUUCAGUAAGAGGACCAACCUCAUGGCCCAUCAAAGAAUCCACACUGGGGAGAAACCCUAUCAGUGCUUGGAAUGUGGGAAGAGCUUCAGUAAGAAGACCAACCUCACUUCCCACCAAAGAAUUCACAGUGGUGAGAAACCAUAUCAGUGCUUGGAAUGUGGGAAGAGCUUCAGUAAGAGGACUAACCUCAUGGCCCAUCAAAGAGUUCAUACAGGGGAGAAUCAUAGAAUUUUAGACCUGCAGGAGACUUCUGGGUCCUUCCAUGACAUAUUGCCUUCAAACUUCUCCUUACAAACCUCCAAGGAAGGAGAGUACACAAGCUACCAAGGGCGUCUCUAAUUUGAAGCCAUUGAUUUGGGUGCCAGCCUCCAGAGCCGGUGAAAACAAGCUUGUUCAAUCUUCCACAUGACACCCCUUCCUGUUCCUCAGAAGGCUUGGUUUCCCAACGCUUAAUUGUCUUGCUCACCCCCCUCUGCACACCUUCCAGCUUGUCAAAAUCCUUCUUAAAUUGGGGCACCCAGAACUGGACACAGGACUCCAGGUGUGGUCUGAACAAGGCAGAAGAAAGUGGGGCUGUUACUUCUCUUGAUCUGGACACUUGACUUCUUUGGACGCAGCCUAGAAUAACAGCCUAUUUCGCUGAUGUUGACUCAUGUUAGUCUUGUGGUCCACUAAGACCCCAGGUCUUUUCCAUAUGUACUACUGACAAGCCUGGUAUGUCCCAUCUUAUAUUUGUGCACCUGAUUCGUCUUGCCUAAGAGCAGAAUCUUACCUUUCUUCUUAGCGAAAUUUAUUGGAUGCCUUUAUAUACCACCUGUUUCUUCAAGAAGCUCAGUGUCGUCUUAAGUCGUUCUCCCCCUCAUCGUUUAAUCCUGACAACAACCCUGUGAGGUAGGUUGGGCUGUGAAGCCAUCACCCAGUGAGCUGCAUGGCUGAGUGGGGAUUUGAACCCAGGUCUCG